AUGACGACUCAGCGCUCUCCCUGGUCCGUGGUGACCCCGAUGCUACUCUACUCGAGUUUCUGCUUGCUCGUGGGAGACAUGCUCUAUGGCUACGACACGGGCAGUUUUGGAGGCGUUCUCGCGAACCAGGGUUUCAUUAGACAAUUUGGCACAUACAACCCGCAUACGGAAGCAUACACCUUCGACUCUCUCCGUACCUCUCUUAUAUCGUCUUUGGCCUUUAUUGGAAAGUUUAUCGGAUGCUUCGUCGCAGCGCCUGCCAUAGAGAGGCUCGGUCAUCGGAACGUCUUCUACCUAUUGUCUGUCGUGUCGGUAAUCGGCGUCAUUCUUGAGAUCACGGCUGCAGAUACCGCUGCCGGCACCGGGCGUUACCCGCAAUUCAUCGUCGGCAGAAUCGUUGUCUACAUCUCAGUCGGACUGGUCGAGGUCAACGUGACCACCUACCAGUCCGAAAUCGUCCCGGCCGCGUUUCGAGGUCUAGUCGUCAUCUCGCUGCAGCUCUUCCUCAACGCUGGAACACUCGUCGCCACGGGCAUCAACAAGGCCUUCUCUACCGAUACUAGCCCUGUCGGCUGGAAGACGGUUACGGGCGUACAACUGGUGUUCCCAGCCUUGAUCGCCCUCUUCACCCUUUUCAUUCCCAGUUCUCCGCGUUGGCUUCUCUCCAAAGAUCGAGAGGAAGACGCCGUCACGGCUCUCUGCCGCCUGAGGCCUAAGGAGGAUGCUGAAAACGGCAAUUGCGAGGCCGAGAUUGUGGCUAUUAGGGGGGCUCUCCAGAGCCAUGUGCACAAGGGCACAUGGACGGAUCUUCUUCGCAGCACCAAUUUCCGUCGAACGACUAUUGUUAUCGUGUACUACUUUUUCCAGCAGACAACCGGCCAAGCCUUUGUCUCUACGUACCAAACAGUCUUCUAUAGAGAAAACAGAUACGCAGCUCACGCCUUCACCUACCCUAUUAUCAACAGCUGCCUGGGAAUGAUCGCAGUGCUCCCGUCCAUGUACAUGGUCGAUAAAAUAGGUCGCCGGUACUCUCUCUUGAUCAGCUUCUUCUUCCAAUGCUUCUUCAUGUACCUCCUCGCCGGCCUCGGCCAGCAAACCACCAAAACGGCAACGGAGAGCAACACCAUCGUAGCUGCAUUCAUGCUUUUCGCCUUCAGCUAUAACAUGGGAGGCGCCUCGAUCCCCUACCUCCUCGGCACCGAGAUCCCUAACGCCUCUCUGCGGGAGAAGACGCAGUCGCUUGGCGCCGCCUGGAACGUCAUUUGGGCUUUCGUGACCAACUUCAUCAUCCCGUACAUGAUCGAUAGCAUUCACUUCCAGGUCGGGUGGGUGUUUGGCAGCAUCUCCCUGGCAGCCUUCAUCUUCACAUUCCUCGUCCUCCCCGAGACCAAGGUGAGUGCAGCCUCUUCCGACAACAAUCUUGCCUGGAAACAGAUUACUGACAACUACGCCGUCGUGCAGGGUCGGGCUCUGGAGGAGAUCGAUAACGUGUUCAGCGUUGCAUUCAACCCCUUUCGCAGCUCGUCUGGCGCCUACGAGGGUGCCGCGCGUCGCGUUGGGCAGCUUGAGGGAGACAAGAUCAUGGCAUCGAACGACAUGGAUAACAAGAAUAUCUCUACGGCCGACAAGCCGCACGUAUCGCAUGUUUAA